AUGCUCGGCGCGGCGCUCCGACUCCGCGUCCGCGUGCUCCGCCGCCGCCGCCGCCCUCGCCCCCACCGCGGGCGCCGCCGAGGCAGGCGGGUUGGGGAAGAUGACGACGAGGGAGGCCGGGAGCCGGUGCUGCUGGUGUCCGGGAUGGGCGGCUCCGUGCUGAACGCGCGCCGCCGGUCCAACCCCAAGUUCGACCUCCGGGUCUGGGUGCGCAUCCUGUUGGCCAACCUCUACUUCAAGAAGUAUCUCUGGUCGCUCUACAACGCCGACACAGGGUAUGUGGAGCCGUUGGACGACGAUUUGGAGAUUGUCGUGCCGGAGGACGACCACGGCCUCUUCGCCAUCGACAUUCUUGAUCCUUCCUGGUUUGUAGAACUUCUCCAUCUUUCUAUGGUGUAUCACUUCCAUGAUAUGAUUGAUAUGCUCAUAAAUUGUGGAUACGAGAAAGGGACCACUCUAUUUGGAUAUGGUUAUGAUUUUCGCCAAAGCAACAGGAUAGACAAAGCGAUGACUGGUUUGAGAGCAAAACUUGAGACAGCUUAUAAGACCUCUGGAGGGAAAAAAGUUAAUUUAAUCUCUCAUUCUAUGGGUGGAUUGCUAGUACGCUGCUUCAUGUCUAUGAAUCAUGAUGUAUUUGCUAAGUAUGUAAACAAAUGGAUUUGCAUUGCAUGUCCAUUUCAAGGUGCCCCGGGAUGCAUCAAUGAUUCUCUACUUACUGGAUUGCAAUUUGUUUAUGGUUUUGAGAGCUUCUUUUUUGUAUCUAGAUGGGCAAUGCACCAACUGCUUGUUGAAUGCCCAUCAAUCUAUGAAAUGUUACCAAAUCCAGAAUUCAAGUGGAAGAAAAAACCAAUUAUUCAGGUUUGGCGUAAGAACCCUGAAAAGGAUGGAAUUGUGGAGCUAGUUCAAUAUCAAGCAACUGAUUGUGUGUCCUUGUUUGAAGAAGCUUUAAGGAAUAAUGAGCUCACGUAUAACGGAAAGAAAGUAGCACUGCCAUUCAAUAUGUCAAUCUUCAAAUGGGCCACCAAGACCCGCCAAAUCCUAGACAAUGCUGAAUUACCAGAUACUGUGAGCUUUUACAAUAUAUGUGGGACAUCUUAUGAAACUCCAUACGAUGUAUGCUAUGGCUCAGAAAGCUCCCCAAUUGGAGAUUUGUCAGAAGUGUGUCACACAGUGCCGGCAUACACUUACGUGGAUGGAGAUGGCACAGUUCCCACAGAAUCGGCACUGGCUGAUGGGUUCUCUGCGAAAGAAAGAGUUGGCGUCGAGGCCGACCACCGUGGCCUGCUGUCUGAUGAGAAUGUAUUCAAGCUUCUCAAGAAAUGGCUCGGUGUGAGCGAGAAGUCAGAGUGGCGUUGCGUGUCAAAAUCCAAAGUGGUAGACGUUGGCACCUAA